AUGGCCGACAUUAAGCCAGACACGAGCACCGCACAGCCGCGACCGUCGAAUGAGGAGCCAACAGCCUCUCCACAACAACAAGAGCCGGAACAGACGGGAGUGACCGUGCCGUCAAAGACACCAGAGAGCGCUGAACCAGUAGUAUCUCCAUCCGAGGUGGUGACAAGCUCACCUGCCGAACCGAAAGGAAAGAACACGGAGGAGGAAGCCCCGCCAUUAUCACAACCACCCCUCGGCAAGACAGCUCUGACCGCUGCGCCAGCAAGAGACGAUGACUCCCUUUCAAUAGAGCCUACAGCCGCUCUGCCUCCCGCGGCCAUAUCCGAUUCUGUUUCGCCGUCUUCCCCGGUCUGCACCAUCACGCUGCUGCUCCCUACCGGUGCGCGACACCCGUACAAGAUCGACGAGAAGUACCUCUCGAAGCGGGGUGUUGAUAUUCCAGAAUAUCUCGAGGGUGGGGGGGUCAAGGACCCGUUCAGUAUAUCAGUGUACAAGCUCAAGGAGCUGAUCUUGAGGGAGUGGAGGGACGAGUGGGAGGGCAGGCCGGCGAGUCCAACCAGUAUCAGGUUGAUUCAUUUCGGAAAGUUACUGGACGAUAAGGAGCCGUUGAAGAAAUACCAACUGAGCAAAGAUGCCCCCAACGUUGUGCACAUGUCGGUACGGCCAGCAGAGAUGAUGGAGGAAGACGACGGCGCCAAAGGUGGGAAGGCCAGCUCCCGUGAGGGCAGGACAAGGGAGGGCGGGGGCGGCUGCUGUGUAAUUCUAUGA